ACUGGGCAGCACAGUCUAGCGGUGGCUGCCUCCCUAAUCACUUGGCUGUAGACAGUCAGGGGAGAACAUGCUGUGCUGCUUUCCCAGGCCUCAAGGUGGAAGGCGCAGGACCCCACGCAGGGAGAGCACGUGGGCACGAGUGCGAAGGUGGAUCGCUCGGCCCAGGCUCUUCGGGCCACGGGGCAGGAACCGCCCAACUGCCGUGGGCAGCACAGCGCGGGUCUCCCCAGACCCAGCGACCACGGGCUCAGAGAUAAGAGGGAGCCCACAGCGGGUCUCCCUGGGCCUGGACAGGAGCCACUUGGAGCCACCAAGCCCAGGACAGGUCCACUUAGGCUCGGUCGGCACUAUUGGAAACCAGGCAGCCGAGAGCCCGGCAGAGGUCUGCACAGAGAGGACGGAGCUGGCAGGUGCAGACACACAGCGCACCCUGACGGAGCUCCCGGAGCAGGCUUCCCUGGACAGCGGCCCCGUCAGCAGGCCCUGCUUCCCAGAGGGCUCCAGGGCCAACACUUCCUCCUCACAGGACCUCAUGGUGGGAAGGUCCAUGUCCUCCAUCCUUGACUCCUUGCUGAAGCUGCACUCCCAGGUGCACCACACAGCCAAGCUUCUUCUGGCCCAGCUGGAGCAGGCUGAGCUCACUGAGGCAGAGCCCAGGGCCCCAGGGCCAGCUCCAGCCCAAGCUGAAGUCCCGCCUGCGGAGUCCGUGCCAGCUCCACCGGCAUCUCCCUCCCCGGCUCUGGCCCCACAGCGAGAGCCAGUGCCAGGAAGCCCUUGUGCGCCAGCUGUAGGGCUGGGGCUCCUGGUGGCGCCACAGCAGGGGUCAGCUCCCGAGCUUCCCCUGGGACCAGCGCCUGCCCCACCCCUGCCCUCCCCAUGCAUCACUGUUGCACAUGUUUUGAUGUUUACUUUUGCUUUCUUUUUCUGGGUUUACUUUGCACAUUAG